UCAUAUAAAUCAAACUAAGCAAAAAUAUAUUUGAUUCUUAAAAAAUCGAACUUACCAUUAAAUGUUUGUGCUCUCGGCGAUUGGUUUCAACGGUAAAUUUCCGAACGAACUUUAAAUUACCAUAGAAGAGUAGCACUCAUUUCACGUUUAAUAAAGAAAAUGACAGAUAUUCAAGAUACUGAUAUUUUCUUUAAUUUGGAGCUUCAAGUACGAGAAAAAUUGAACGAACUCGAAUGGAAAACUAGAGCAUUGAAAGAAGCUCAGCAAGAAAUUAUAAAAGUUCAAGAAGAGCUGCUUAAAAAAGAUAUGGUUCUUGAAGAGAAUAAGAGAACAAUUAUUGAUUUAAAAAUGCAAUUAUCAGCUACAAAUCAAGUUAUAAUGUUGAUGGAAAAAGAAAAAAAUGAACAAAUAAAUGAAAGGAUACAGUUACAAAUUAAUUGUAAUGCUGCUAUGAAAGAAAGAGAAUGUUUACUCGACCAAGCUCAUAAUGCUAAAUUAGAAAAUAUGCAGUUAAAAUUAAAUUUACAGAAAUUAUCAGAAACAGUUGCUAUCAAUGAAUCAUCUAGAGCAUCGCUAGAAGCCUCAUUGGCAGAAAUGAAAGGACGUUUUUCCCAAGUUAAUAAUUCUUUCAGAAGUAAUGUUGCUAUAUUAGAAAAAGAACAUCAACUUUUGUAUAAAUCAGUUGAAUCUGCAUCUACAUUAAAUAAGAGAUUACAAACAGUGGGAUUAUGUACACAUGCUAUUUACACGAAAAAGAACCAAGAAAUACAUAAUUUGCGAGAACAAUUGGCUGUAAAUGCUUACAACAAUAGUUUAGCGCCUCAAAUUCAAAAUAUUCCUUACCACAAGAAGAGUAGAAUUGACGUGAAGGUACUGACUGAAAUUAAUAUCUGCGUAUUUUUAAACAUAUUUGAUAAUUUAAGUUUAUCCCGAAGACUGCGUAUAACUUAUAAAUAUCAAUAACGUUCAUAAUUAAAAUUAAAAAAAAAACAGAGUUCAACUAUCAUUGUAAAUUUUGUUUUCUUUUUC